UGCAGCGAUGGUGCUGCCACUAGCUGCCACGCCCAGCGCGCCAAAUUCAAACUUGUACACAAACACCAUGAAGAACGCUUUUCAGUUUUUGCCGUUUCUAUUUAUUCCACUUUAUACAAAAUAAACUCAGCAUAAAAAAGCUAUGGCCAAGCCGUGUCAGACGCGCAGCCCUGUUUGGCGGAAGGUCCUGUACGAAAACCAGAGCUUUCCGGACAACUACACGGACACGACAUUUCUAUACGAGCUGAAAAAGAACGUGAAUUUGCGGAUUCUGAAAUUCAGUGACGCCGUCAGCGGCGCCAGGCUGCUCUCGAGGGAGAUUUCGGUGGUGACGCUGGUCGGCGAAGUGUUCGUCGCGCUUCACGAUCACCUGACGGACCCUUUGUUGCUGCUCCUGUGCUGCUCAUUCCUCACCUUAGUCGGCUACGUUAUCUACGUGACCAAAUACAAGUACAGAUCGAUUUUCCUCGACGUCGUCCUGGUGUGCUCGUACAUUGUGAUCGUGACGCUGAUGUCUCCUAUUUUGAAGACUUUAACCAAAACCAUAAGCACGGACACCAUUUAUUUGACCUCUGUGCUGAUGAUGCUGGGCCAUUUGAUGUUUUACGACUACGACUCUUUCUCGACAACAGUGUCCAAAGCACUUUCUUUUAACUCCGCCCUUUUCGGCUCACUGUGUUUGGCCUCGAGGCUUAAUUCCGACUUUGAUGUGUUCGUGCUGCUCACCGUAGCAGUCUCCUGCUUUGCCCUUCUGCCCCCGUUGAUGACCGAGUUCGGCCGGUCCAACACUGUUGCUUCUUUCUUCGAUUUAACCGCCCUCGCAGGAACAUUUUUUAUUUCCCAAACUGCUUUUUUAUUUUACCUAGCUGAGUUGUUGACUCUGAAUUUGUCCAUUCCGUAUUUGAUAGUCAGAUGGCAAAAGUACAAAGUUAACAUUUCUGGCCCCUGGGACGAAGCAAAGCCAAGCAUUGGACGAGUUGAGAAAAAAAGGCGAUGAGUAAUUGUAACAACU